AUGACAACUAUGAUCAAAUUGCAUUAUGAUGAGAAAAAUGACGAAGAAGAAAAUAUGAUCAUUCGGUGCGCCGACUACGAGACGUUCAAAUCCUAUGUACUAAAAAAAUACGAUAAAAUAUACGAAAUUGUAAAUUAUGAAAAUGAAAACAUAAAUUAUUAUAGUGUAAAAUGGAUCAACUUCAUAAACAGGAGAGUACCUAUUUUGUUGCAAAAUAAAAGCGGACCAUGUCCUCUUUUGUGCAUUACGAACAUUCUACUCUUACGUAACCAGUUACAGAUUGACAAAAAAAUUAAAAAAAUAUCGCAGAGCUUCCUUGAAACUAAAAUUAUGAACAUACUGUUAGAGUCCAAUAGGAAAAAUGUGACUGAUAACACCGCGUCGUGUAAUUAUAGGAAAAACAUAAUCGAGUGUGUAGAUAUAUUACCCCAGUUAAAAUAUGGACUAGACGUUAAUUGUAAAUUUAGUAAUAUUCAUUCAUUUGAGUACACAAAGGGGUUGUGUAUUUUUGACAUGCUGAACAUCCCAUUAUGUCAUGGAUGGGUCAUCUCGUCGGACGAUGGAAUGUUUUACUCCUACUUGAAAGAUUACUCCUACAAUGUAAUAAUAAAUAAAAUUGUGAGAUAUAAUGAAUACCACGAGAGAAAGAAAAAAAAGGACGCAGACGAACCGUCCAAUGAGAAAAGCACCAGUUUGUACCAGUUGGAGGAUUUGAAGGAGGAAAAAAGGGAUGACUGCGAUUUGGGAAACCCCUGUGAAAGGCAUGCUCUCAUGGAUGGCCCGAUAAAUAACCCAGGAGGAGCCUCCAACAGUGACUACAAAGGUGUCACCAACGAUGCCGCCGUCGACUUAGCCAAAGGAACAAGCAAAAGAACAGAAGAAAAAAAUAAUAAAAAAAAAAGCACAAAGAGUGUACCCAUCUUUCCAGAUGACCUUGAUCAAAUAUCAGAAAAAAAUUCCAAAAAAAAAUUAUUGCAAGAUAGCUCCUCUGUGCCCGUUACCACUGUCGCUCCGUUAGAUGUAGACACACCAAAAAAGAAGAACACAUAUUUAGGCAAAAAAAAAACAAGUGGAGAUACGUGUGGCAGUAAAAGUGGAACUCAAAGCAACGUGAUUAACUUGAAGCAGCCGUGCUGUGUAGAUUUAGAAAACGGUACAAAUAAGAACAGCACGGAAACGGGGCGGAAGUCGGACGGAUUUGUUGUGAAGGAAGGUAAGACACCAACUAAUGUGGACAUCUCUGCAGAAAAAAACAGCGCCAAUAGGAACUCUACUGCUAGCGCUAAUGCAAAUAUAAGUACCGUUGCCAGUGUUGUUAGCCACAUCAGCAAAGAUAACAACAUCGGCGAUGGGAGCGUGGUAAAGACGCCAAAAUUUCCGGAGGACCCCCUACCGACCACCUGCAAAAGUCUAAUUCCAAUUGAAUACUCUUCUGAGGGAAAUACCAAGGGUAGGUUGAAAAAAUCCUCCCUGGACGAAAAAGCUAUCAGAAAUAAAGAACUCUUUAUGGAAUCCAACGAAAUAGCUAGCUUAACUAGCGAAACAGCAAAUGCAGACAUAGCAGAUAAUUAUACAGAAAAUAGUGAAAAUUUUAUUAUGAAAAAUUACAGUACAGAUAUAAAUUUAACUCCAUAUGAAAUUAACGAAGCGCUAGUUAUUUCGGAAUUUCUAGAAACGUACAAAACUCAAUUGACAUUAGUUGGGUUGCAAUUAUUGCAGGAAAAUUUGAACCCAAAUCAACUUGUAGCCUUUUUUAGGAAUAACCAUUUUAACACCCUUUUUAAAUAUGAAAAUAAACUGUUCCUGCUGGCUGCAGACAUUUCCUUUCUACAUUUGAGUUGUACAUGGGAAUUAUUUGACAAUGUGGAUAAUGACACCUCCUACUACGAUAACAAUUUUAGGUGCAUAUCGACUCAGAAAAGUUUGCAAAAGAAUUUAAACAGUUCUAUUAUUUAUUUGGAUUAUUAUGAUAGAAGCAGUUCCAAAAAUAAUAUGCAGUGUGUCAAGUCUAGUACGACCUUUUCCAAUGGUAAAAAGAAGAAGAAAAAGUGUACCUUUAUGUAG